AUGUCCGUUUAUAUUUUACAUCCGCAAACUGUGGCUACACCUAGCUACUCGUCGACAAUUCUUAAGACACGGAAUGUAUCUGCACCUAUUUUACCGCGUUAUUGUACAGCACGACCACUCACUGUGGUAGGACGACAGUCACUGCGUACAGUUAUUCCGGUGCAAGAUGUGCAAAGAUCGGCUAAAAAUAGUGUGCUUCAGCAACCUAUUGAAGAGCUACUUGGUCUGGAAGCUUCAGGGGAACAUACAGUUCGAAAACGUGAGCGUUUGAAUCAUUUGACUGCGGAGGAGAAACAGAAUCGACGUAAGUUAAAGAAUCGCGUAGCUGCACAGACUGCACGUGAUCGCAAGAAAUAUCGUGCAAGCAAACUUGAAGAAGCCGUUCGGAUGCUUAUCCUAGAAAACAGCAAAUUGCGUGAGGAAAAUAAGUGCUUAAAGAAAACAUGUGAAGAGCUAAAGAAUCAAAAUGUCGAGCUGCAGAACUUGUUGAAUAACAACCAGGAACGUGACGAAUCAUGUUCUGAGACAGAAGUAAGUAGUAGUAGUAACAUGGCAUCAUCGUCCCUUGGAUCUGCCGAAUCCAUUCGCGGUCCCCAGCAGAGGGAACAGGCGGAAAUCAUCGGGGAAAUCUGCGCAGCUGAUGGAGCAGAUUCGACGUUGCAAGAUGUUGGCGGAACGACACUUGAAUUCGAGCGAUUCUGUUCAAAGAUACUUAGUGAAAUUGAUGACACUACUGCAGCGUCGGAUGCCGCUAAAACGAAAUAUCCGGAGAAGUGCAACACGCAUCGAGUGGAUUGCACAACACCAGAUAUCAUUAUAGCACCGGAAUAUUUGAAACCGGACCCAGAGCCCCAGACACCAAUUUCUCUUUGUACCGAUACAGCCAUAAAUAACGCAGUGGAAUAUGAAGAGUCAGCUUCCUGCGUUAAUUUUAAUAUGGAAAGUGAUCAUGAAUCUAACUGUGAACAAUUGUCCGGUUAUUCUUUUUGUGCAUCGAAAUCGUCCGAUACAGCAGAACAUUUCACUCCUUCCUCUCCCUCAUUUAUCUUGUUUGAUGAUAUAAAAGAGGGAAACAAUGAUACCCCCUCACUUCUUAUUAGUGGUAAUGAUCCAAUGUUUUGUGUCCCACAUAAAUGGGAUACCGAUGACGACUACAUGUAA